AUGAACUUUGCGCCCCUCCUUUCACUCUACCUGAUCCUGCACAACAUCAGAGCAACCGGUAAAGUGACUCUUAUAAAUGCCUAUUUCUUGUGCUGUACAGUAGAUGUGUUAGCAGGGAAGUGCUGGCAGGGGCCAACGUAUUCUGAGAUGGUAGUGUCUCCCGAGCUGAGGAGCAGCAGCAUCCUGAGGGUUCCUGAGGUGUUGACUCUGGCCCAGUGUGUAGGUGCCUGCUGUGAUCUUCCAGGCUGCGACCUGGCCUGGUUCUUUAAGAGACACUGCUACAUCCUCAGCUGCCAGCAAAAAGAAAACUGCCAGCCAAAAAAGAUGCCUGGGACAGACUCACGGUUGUCCUUCCUACAGCGCCGACGCCCACAGACCCUGGUCCUGCAGUCCCUGGUACGGGGCGAGCCUUAUGCCAGUCAUUGGCAUCCAUUGCCCAGACGUAGGGGCCCAGAGAACCCUCUGAAGGACCUGGCUUUGCUGGAGGACAUUCAAAAUUUCGACAGCAACAAUGCAAUGGAGUAUGAUGAGAAUUACAGGAUUGUGGAGGAUGACAUCAGUGAAGAGAGGACUGCCUCAAAGAUGGAACAGGAGAAUGGUCAAAGACUACAUGACUGGCCUAUUGAUGAAAGAGAUGGAUUUAACUUCUCAGAGACAGAGGGAGGCAAAAAAAAUCUCUCUGUAAUGGAGAGCACUGAGGAUAGCCAGGUCACUCCCAGUUCCUCUCUAGUAGUGACAGAUGGAAGCAGAACACCUCCCAUUCCAGAAGAACCUUCAUGGAGUCCUUCAGCAUUGAGUUUGCCUAAUGUAAAAAAUGAGGAGGAUCAGUUUAACAUCUCUUUCACGGGUUUGGACCCAACAGCCAUGCCACAGGUGAUAAGUGCAGAUCUGUCCAAACUGAACCCAGUUAACACCUCUCUCCCAUCUAUACUUAACCUGGGAUCCACAACCCCCAGAACCUCUUCACUUUCAGAAGCCCUGGUUGUGUCUAUUGGAGAUGUUGGUGAUAUAACACUACCUGAGAAUGCUGUAGAACUCACUGCCUCAAUCGAUUCACAGACUGAAACUGAGAACCCUUUUACAUAUGAAUGGAGUUUUGUUAGUGCACCAAUUGGACAUCCAGGAGUGAUGGAGGGAAAACGCAAGAGGACUGUAAAAAUCUCUGAGCUGUCUGCAGGUGUGUAUGUUGUCAAAAUAAGUGUGACAGGAAAACAGGCCUAUGGGGAAAGUGCUGUAAACUUCACAGUGCAUCCUGGGGUUUGCCUGAAUAUGCCGCCUAAAUCAGUUGCUCUGCCCAAACACCAGGAUGUAUCUCCAACUGUUGAUACCAUUGUCUUCAUUAAUGGCAGCCAGAGCUCCGAUGAUUCAGGUAUAGUCAGUUACCUGUGGGAACAGGUGGAUGGACCAUUGUGGAACAGUGAUGGUCCUAUGAACACAUCUGUACUCAAGCUGCAGAACAUCCCUCCUGGAGACUACACAUUUAGGCUGAUGGUGGUGGAUUCUAAGGGACUAAAUGACUCAACCACUGCUACAGUGAGAGUCAGCAGUCCUAAAGAUGAGCCUCCAGUGGCUAUAGCGGGCACUGACCAGGUCAUCAGGCUUCCUAUGAACCACCUGACUUUGUGGGCCAACCAGAGCACAGAUGAUCAUGCCAUCAGCAGCUUUCUGUGGAGCCUUCAGCCCAGCAGCCCGGCCAAAUCAGCAACGAUACAGGGUGCCAGAUCUCCAGUUCUGCAGCUCUCUGAUCUCCAGGAGGGUCAGUACACUCUCCGGCUCACGGUCACUGACUCCAGUGGUCAGCAGGAUUCAGACACAGUCUCAGUCACUGUGCUUGCUUACAACAGAGCUCCUGUAGCUGUGACAGGCCCUGACAGAGAACUGAUUCUUCCAGUAAGCAGCAUGACACUGAAUGGCAGUGAUAGCACUGAUGACCAAGCUAUCACCAGCUACCAGUGGGAAAUCCUUAGUGGUCCUCCUGGAUCAGAGAUAAAGGAUGCGAGCACCGCAGUUGCACUGGUGUCAGGCCUGCAAGCUGGGAGUUACAGGUUUAAGCUGACGGUGCAGGAUGAGGAGGGAGCAUCUGACAGCGCUGUUCUCACAGUUACAGUCAAAGAAGCCGAAAACCUCCCUCUCACCGCCCAUGCAAGUGGUAGCCACACACUUACCUUACCCAAUAACUCUCUGGUGCUGAGAGGCUCUGUGUCUAACUGUGGCUCCACAAAUGUGUCCUUCCUGUGGGUCAGAGAUGAGCAGAGUCCAGCUGCAGGGGACAUUCUGUUUGGUUCAGAUCAUGAGGCCUUUUUGUACCUGGCCAACCUUGUAGAGGGCACUUACCUGUUCCAGCUACGAGUCACUGAUGGUCAGGGUCACUCCAGCACUGCAAUGGCCACAGUGGAAGUCCGUCCUGAUGGGCGUGAGCGGGAGGAGGUGGAGUUGGAGCUGCAGGUCCCCUUAGCUCAGGUCAGUCAGCAGCAGAAGGAGUCAGUGGUGAGGCAGCUGGCCGCUCUGCUACAUGUGCUGGAUGCAGACAUCACUAUGAAGGGCCUGCAUGGCCAGUCUGAUAUCAGCACCGUUUUUAGAUUCUCAGUGCAGAGUUCUGAUGGGACAAUUCCUGGCCCAAAACUGGCCCAUCUCCUGAGGUAUCAGCUUAUGAAGGAGAAAACAGAUUAUCUGCUCUUCAAAGUCCUCAGAGUAGACACAGUCAUGUGUUUGCUGCUCUGUUCUGGUCAUGGUCAAUGUGACCCUGUCACCCGAAGUUGUUCUUGUGAUCCUCUGUGGAUGGAGAACCCCUUUAGACACUUCCUCGAUGAUGAGAGCAACUGUGAUUGGAGUGUACUGUAUGUCUCAGUCUGCUGCGUGGUAGUGAUCAUUUUUCUGGUGUCUUCAAGCUGGGCCUGUAUCUGUUGUUGUUUUGGCAUGCCCAGGAGAAGAUGUACAAAAGUAAGAAAGAAAACCAAGUACACAAUACUGGACAAUAUGGAUGAACAGGAGAGAAUGGAAUUACAGCCAAAAUACAACAUCAAGCACAGGAGCACAGAGCACAACUCCAGCCUGAUGAUGUCAGAGUCUGAAAUUGAUAGUGAGCAGGACACUAUCUUCAGUUACGAGAGGUCGGACAGGGCCAGAAACCGAGCUAACGGUGCCGUGAUGAAUGGAGACGCGUACAGCCUGCGGCCCGUGGAAGGAUAAGACUUCUCUUCUCUCUGAAGGAAACUGCAUUGCACAGGGCUGCUUUAGAUUCAGACCGGGAAAUCUUUACAGAAUACAGAGACUGGGUGAAGGUUUUCACGAUUUCUAAAGAGCACAGACGUUUGAAUGUAAAUAGUCUUUGUCAUUAUGCAAAGCCUAUUCUUUGCUGGUUGGAGGUUUAUCCUUAUUUUCCUGUUGCCUAAUUUAAUAACAGCUAGUGGGAAAACACCAUAAACAGCUAAUUUUUUUUUUUAGGUAUUCAAUUGCAUGGUUUGGCCUAAAAAAAGCAUCCCUCUGCUGUCAUGAUUGAAUUACUCCUUAUGAAAUUAACUUAUCUGAAUAUUAAAUGAACUUUACAGUUGACUGUUUUAAAUAAAAACAAGAACUCAAGUGGCUCAUACCAGACACACUGAAUUCUGUUUGUGAGGAAAUUUCACUUUAAAAUUGAAUGUAAUGCUAACUGGUUGGUGAGUGAUGCCUCCUAUCAGUAGUCUGAUGCAGUUCUUAAUGAUGUUGGAUACGAAUUCAGAUUCAGAUUUGAUCAGUCAAUAGAGAGAUAUAUAGCUCUUUUGUUGAAGACUGAUGAUUUUGAAAUAAAGUGUACUUGUACUUACCAACAGGCUGUGAAAUUUUUCUGUAUCAGGUCAAUGUGUUGUAACCAACUAGUUCUGGACCCAGGAGCCAAACACAGAGAUCCCUGUUUAAAUCAGCACCUUGUAUUUUCUUUUAAUUUCCACUCUGUAUAUCAGUAGUUCUUAAGGAAGAAGUUGCUAAAGUCUCUCAUGAAAGAAUGCUGAUUUGACAGCAGUGCUUAUAUGUUUCAGCUGAUGUCAUUAUUUUUAUUUGAAAUAUAACAAAAAAUAAUCAGAUUUGAACUAUGGUGAAUUCUGUAGCUGAUCUAAACAUAUAAACCCAAUACUUCAGAGUUAACCAACUUCAUUACACAUGACAAACGUCAUAACAGCAAGGACAAGAAAAUUCACAGUACUCCAUUGGAAUUGUUAAAAUCUGGUUUAUUUGCACGUGUUGCUUUUGUUUGCAGUCUGAUUGGCUUUUUUUAUUUUUUUUUAUUUUUUUUUUUAACCUAAAACAUUACUUUUGUGACAAAUGAUUUUGACUCAUUAGAAUCAAAUAACAUUUGUUAGUUUAUAGAAAACAUACAUAUAUUGAUACAGCAAAUUACAUUUAAUCAGGGACAAGAAAUUAUUCAGAUAUUAAAAACAAAAAUAGCUAAACGAUUCACAGAUCCAUGGCACUUUAAGUAUAUUUGACUGAAUACAAUAUUUCCCAGAGCUUGAAUAUUAUAUUAGUUCAUCGCUUUUUAGACUUUUUUUUUUUUAAUCAAAAAGGUAUAAACAUUUUCACAAAAAUAAAAUCCUUAAUACAACAAUUAUUCACAAUACUAUUAGCCAUUGAACUGCAGAAACACCAUUUACUCAUACAUUUAUCAUGGAUUCAAGAUCAACAAGACAGUUCAAAACAGGCAGGUGCAAGUUAUGCAUUUAGGUUCAGAACAAGUUUCUACAUCCCGAUGCAGUUUACUUGCUGAAUAUUAGGUGGACGAAGUGAGACAAGUACCACUGAUGAUACAAUGUAUACUUGUGCUACAAAGUAUCUGUCUUCCUAUUUGCUGGAUAUCAACAGUUAAUAUUAAAAGAAUGAUCAUAAACAUACGUGUAAGAAAAUUUGUAAUAUCUACUUACUGGUUUAAUCUUUUUUCCCUCUUUCAAAAA